AUGAUUGCAAGAUUUGGUCGACCACUCGUCAAGAGCUCCAGCCUCUCUGCGUCCAACCCUCUUACCUGCUUUGCACGCUUUUCUACCACUAAGCAUACACUCUCCUCUCGUGAAUCUCCCUCAAGUGUCCAUGCACAGCAAAAGCGAAGCUGGCUACCGCCCUACGCGCCUGUCGGUGUUGCCGCUGCUCUCGAGAACGCCGAAUCCUCUGCACCUGCCGAGUCGACCCUGCUCGAGAAAGAAUUCUCGCUUGCUGACCGUGUCGCGCUCGUGUCAGGUGCGAACCGCGGACUCGGCCUCGAGAUGGCCAUGGCGCUCCUAGAAGUCGGCUCCCGCGCUGUCUACUGUGUCGACCUUCCCAGGACUCCGGGGGAGGAGUGGAACAAGGUGCAGCAGUAUAUCUCACGCAUGAGUGGCAAGGGCCGUCUCGAGUACAUCGCCGCCGACGUGCGCGACCAGAAUGCUAUGUGGAAGAUAGGCGAGCAGAUUGGUGAGAAGGAGGGUCGCCUGGACACUUGCAUUGCCGCUGCGGGCAUACUCAGGCCGGACUUCGACUGCCUACAAUACCCUGCAGAGACGUUUUCAGAGGUCAUGGGAAUCAACGUCAAUGGCGUCUUGUACACCGCCCAAGCUGCAGGCAGACAGAUGGAGCGUUUCGGCAACGGCGGCAGCAUCAUCCUCGUUGCCAGCAUGAGCGGCAGCAUCACCAAUAUGCACCAAAAAUGGGUACCGUACAACACCUCCAAGUCGGCCGUCCUCCAAAUGGGUCGCAGCAUGGCAUGCGAGCUUGCUUCACGGCGCAUCCGUGUAAACACCCUCAGCCCGGGAUACAUUUACACUACCCUUACUGGACAAUUUCUGGACUCACAGCCGGGUCUGCUGGAGAAUUGGUCUGCGCAAAAUCCGACGGGACGGCUCGGUCGCCCGGACGAGCUCAGGGGUGCCGUUGCUUGGCUGGCCAGCGACGCAAGUACCUACUGUACGGGAAGCGACAUCAUUGUUGAUGGUGGACACCGUGCAUGGUGA